UUUUUCUGUUCAUCUCUCUCACACUAUUCCCAAGAAAAAACCUGGUUUAACCUGCGCACUGGUUCUACUUCUUAUCGUACGCCACUCCGGUCGUCGCCUGAGAAAUGAAGCCGGCGUUGGAGUUGAAAAUAUCUAGGUAUCGAAAACUAGAGUGAAGUUUGAGUAAAUUUUUUUUAAAGAUUUUAGGUGAGUUGAAAAAUGGACGGUCAGAAAAGCCAGGCGAAGUUAACGAGGACACAGUCUUCACUUCUCCGGUCUUCUCCAACUAUCCGGUCGUCAAUUCAUAGCUUUUCGUCGAUUAACGAAUUUGGUAUUGACCAUGAACCGGAUAUUGAAGAGCAAAAGCCGCAUAAACCCGGUUCGACUCCGGUUCAUCGUGGUUCGUUUUUCUCGCCGUUCCGAUCUGGUCCGGCGAGGUUUGUUCCGGUUCUGGUAGUGUCUGUUGUUUUAAUGUACACCCUUUUCGUUUUCUUUAGCAGGGAUAAUAUACCGAUGUCAGAGAGUCUACUGUUAGCUCUGAUUUUCGUAGCGGUUUUGUUGUUCUUCGUUGGGAAGAAGAGGGAGUUAAUUCAACAAAGGUAUAAUGUGUUUAGGAACUUGUUUGAUGAGUAUGGGAAACGGUUUGGGUUUCAGAGAACCCAUUCAAAACCGGUUCAAUGGUUCAUUGGGGAAACAAAAUUGGGAAAAUGUGAAAAUGAGAAGCAGGUUUUGAGGGAAGGAGUUGAGUUUUACAGUAAUGGUGAUAUGUAUGAAGGUGAGUAUCAUAAAGGGAGGUGUAAUGGUAGUGGAGUUUACAACUAUUUUGUUAAAGGAAGAUAUGAAGGUGAUUGGGUUGAUGGUAAGUAUGAUGGAUAUGGGAUAGAGAAUUGGGCUAAAGGUAGCAAAUAUAGAGGACAAUAUAGGCAAGGAUUGAGACAUGGCUAUGGUGUUUACAAGUUCUAUACAGGAGAUACUUAUGCUGGUGAAUGGUGUAAUGGACAAAGCCAUGGUGUUGGAUCACAAUCUUGCUCUGAUGGUAGCUGUUACAUUGGUGAAUUCAAAUGCGCAGUCAAACAUGGCCUCGGAUGUUACCAUUUCAGGAACGGGGAUCGUUAUGCAGGUGAAUAUUUCGGAGACAAGAUUCAUGGUUUUGGUGUGUAUCAUUUUGCGAACGGGCAUUGCUAUGAAGGGUCAUGGCAUGAAGGUCGAAAGCAAGGUUUCGGAAUGUAUACAUUUAGAAAUGGUGACACUAGAUGUGGGGAAUGGGACUAUGGCAAUUUGAAAACUCCAUCUCCUCCACUAACUGAUGCUGUCCUUCGAGCUGUUCAGGCUGCUAGAAAAGCAGCAGAAAACGCAAUUAAACUACGGAGAGUAGAUGAACAAGUGAAAAAUGCAGUCACCGCUGCGAACAGAGCUGCCACUGCUGCUAGAGUUGCUGCUAUCAAAGCAGUACAAAACCAAAUGAAUGAAAAUUUUUGUGACACUACUAGCUAACAAUUCAAAUCCCUUUUUAAAAUUCUAUAGUUUGGUAAAUGUAAAUUUACUAUGGUUUUAGGCCACCCCGGUAAGCAAAUGUAGCCGGUGGUUGAGUGUAAUUUUGCUUUCAAAGUGUUUUUACUUAAAACCACAAUUGUAACUUGUAUAUAAUCAAUGUCCUUCACCAUAUGUAUAUCAUUAAUAUGAGAAUGAAAACUUUUUUCAUAUACUA